UUUCAAAUUGAUUUAUAUUGGAUAUUUCGAAAACGCAACGGCGUGUGUAUACAAAAAAAAAAAUGCAAAUGCCAAACAUAUUUAGACAAUUAAAACAACAUAAUUGCCUGGUUGCGGUUGCAAUCUAUAUGCAUAUACUAGAAAAAUCAAUUCAAUUAUGUGAUUGUGUUCAUGGCUACAGAAACAAUACAGAGAGCGCCGAGCUGGUAUCUCAUUAUGAAUCAAGUCUAUCGCUGCCAGAUAUAUUGCCCAUACCAUCCAAAACCUAUGACAAGAACCGUGCACCUAAGCUGCUGGGCCAGCCAACCGUUGUUUAUUUUCAUGUGACCGUACUCUCACUGGACUCGAUCAACGAGGAGUCCAUGACCUAUGUGACGGACAUAUUUUUAGCACAAAGUUGGCGCGAUCCGCGUCUGCGCUUGCCGGAGAACAUGAGCGAACAGUAUCGCAUAUUGGACGUGGAUUGGCUGCACAGCAUCUGGCGACCCGAUUGCUUCUUUAAGAAUGCCAAAAAGGUUACAUUCCAUGAGAUGAGCAUACCCAAUCAUUAUCUCUGGCUCUAUCAUGACAAGACUUUGCUCUAUAUGUCCAAGCUGACGCUGGUGCUGUCGUGCGCUAUGAAAUUUGAAUCCUAUCCACACGAUACACAAAUCUGUUCCAUGAUGAUAGAGAGCCUAUCUCAUACGGUGGAGGAUCUGGUAUUCAUUUGGAACAUGACCGAUCCGCUGGUGGUGAAUGCCGAGAUCGAGCUGCCACAAUUGGACAUAUCCAAUAACUAUACGACCGAUUGUACCAUUGAGUACUCAACAGGGAACUUCACCUGCCUGGCCAUAGUCUUCAAUUUGCGUCGACGCCUGGGCUAUCAUUUGUUUCACACCUAUAUACCCUCGGCGCUGAUUGUGGUCAUGUCAUGGAUAUCGUUUUGGAUCAAACCGGAGGCCAUACCGGCGCGUGUCACCUUGGGCGUUACCUCGCUGCUCACGCUUGCCACACAGAAUACACAAUCCCAACAAUCGCUGCCACCUGUGUCAUAUGUUAAGGCAAUUGACGUAUGGAUGUCCUCCUGCUCGGUGUUUGUAUUUCUAUCGCUAAUGGAGUUCGCUGUAGUUAAUAAUUAUAUGGGUCCGGUGGCCACCAAGGCCAUGAAGGGUUACUCGGAUGACAAUAUCACCGAUCUGGAUGAUUUGAAGCAUCAUCAUCGGGAGUCCAUAAUAGAGCCACAAUAUGAUACCUUCUGUCAUGGUCAUGCUACCGCCAUCUUCAUAGAUAAAUUCUCGCGCUUUUUCUUUCCCUUCUCGUUUUUUAUCCUCAACAUUGUUUACUGGACGACGUUUCUUUGA